AUGAAGAGACUACAAAGACUAAGCCAUUGGCAACCAACAUGGCACAACGGUAUUCGUCCCACUGAUACCGUCCGAGGGUCCCUACUCCUUAUACCCUCAGACUCAAAGAUUCGCAUCUCCAACUUUAUCAAGAUCUCAGACGUCCUCGCCGUUGAAACCCAGUGCCAACCCGGAGUCUGGACUCUUGAAGCCAAGAGUGUCGCUACCCUCUCCGAUCCUACUUCUAAUGAUGAGAUAGCCCCUGACGAUGCACCUGAACCUGGUCCACUCUUUUGA